AUGGUCAUCAAAUUUGUUCAUAAUAAGUUUUGUUUCGAUGGGGUAUCACAUAAAUUUGAAUUACCUAUUUUCGUAUAUUCGUCAGCCCACAAUCAACCAUUAGGAUCUACAACAGACCCAAAUCUUGGUGGUUUUUCUAUUUCACCACAUAUUUUAAGGAUAUACUAUAGAAGAUUUAUCAGAUUAAAACCAUUUAUCUCCAAAAGAAAAAUGAUUAAAACCGGCUAUGUUGAUUAUAUCAAGUUUAAAUUUAAAUAUGAAAAUUACGAUUUGAAAAGGAAAUAUGUUUUGCCACAGGUUAAGCAUCCUACAUUAACACCAAAAUUAUUCCUAGAAAGGCUAACGAAUUCCUAUUCUUUUAUAUAUAAAACUUGUGUAUAUUUAGAUCCUCUACGUACUGUUAAGGAUGGGGAACAUUCUAUGUUGAAAGACAAUUUAUAUUGUAAAAGAGUAUUAAAAAAUAUAUUAACCACAGAGUUUAUGAAGAACAGCUUAAUCAAAAAAUCCCCCAGUGAAUUUUAUCCCAUUUUUAGGAAACAUUUUAACUACUUGCAACAAGAUAAUGGCAUUACUGAAAACAGUACAGAUAAAAAGAAAUUACAGGAAAUAAAAAAAUCACUAAAAUAUACUAAUAUCGCAGAGUUCGAUUUUUGCUUAAUUUUAUUAAACGAACAACUAAACACCAUGCUAUAA